UCGCCGGGGUGGGCGCCGGGCGGCUCCGGCCACCGCCCGUCUCAAAAUUUAUAUGGGCCUCUUCGCCACCGCGGCCGGCGGCAAGAUCGCAAUCUCCACGGCCGGCGAGGCGCGUGCCCAGGAGUGGCUGAAGAGCGUCGACGGCCCGUCGGGCAGCUGCUUCGAGCCUGCCGCCGCCGCCGCCACCAGCGACGGCUUUGCGACGGCGGCGGCGGCCGUGGCGGCCACGCCGGUCGCCUGCGGCGCGAUCGGCGCGGCUCCGCCCCCGGUUUACGCCAUGCAUCGGCCGUCGGGCCCGGGCGCCUUCAAGCGGCCUCGGCGGAGUGUGGGCGCGCCGUCGGCCGCACAGGCAGGCGCUGCGGCUGCCGCAGCCGCACCGAGCGCAGCCUCGUCGACGGUGCCGAUGGCGCCCGCACAGGCCGGCGGUGGGGAGCUCGGCGCGGCUCAGUCCCACCGGCGGCCUCUCGCACCGACUGACGCCUCCCUCCGGGCCGCGAGGCCUGGGCACCGCCCGCCAACGACAGCGAACAGCGCACCGCGCGCCGGCGGCUUCCGCGCCCCUCGCCAGCUGCCAAAGCCUGCGGCUGGAAGGACUGCGGCGGGCGCCGAGCUUACGAGCGGCCACCAGCUGACGAGCGGCAACCACGCCGAGCCCCACCACGCCAAGCCGCGGGUCGAGUCUGCGCCGGCGCUCUCUAGAGCCGCCUGGCCGGCGCCGCUCGCCUCCGUGCCACCGCCGGCUGCUGCGGGGGCUGAGGUCUGCCUCGGCGGCUGCGGCGAGGUGCCGCUCAAUCGCCGCCGCUGCCCCUCGUGCUGCGAGAGGUGCGGCGGGCAGCUGGACGACCCGAGCGAGGCGCAGGUGCUGCACGCGCCGGGCUGCAGGCACUCCAGCGGCGGCUACCUGCGAGGUCCGCGGCCGGCAGUCUCGCAGAGCGGGAGCGGCAGAGGCGUGCGGUAAGACUCUGAGUCCAAGAGAGGAAAAAGUGAGAGAGAGGAGAGACGUCUGAGAGAGCGCAGCGGGCAGGCCCACGCUCCGCGCCUUGUGGCAGGGCUCCUAGCUGUAAAAAGAACGAACGAGACCCCCCGUACGAA